AUAACGCGCGCGUGCAGGUUUUGCCGCGGUUGCGGAGAGACAUCUAUUCAUUUGCGCUCCUGUGCACAUCUUCUGAACGCGCAUUUAGUGCAGCUGUACACAUUUUAAUCUGGACAAUGUCAACAAAUAUUGACAUGAAGAAGGACAUAGAGGUGCUGAUAGCAGAGGAACGUGCUGAGAUCAUCUCAAAGUAUAACAAGGGUCGAGAGGCAGGUGUUCAGAUCGAUCCUUGGGAAGAUGCAGACUACAGCAUAUAUCGAGUCACAGAUCGCUUUGGAUUUCUUCAUGAAGAGGAACUGCCCACACCAAGUGUACUUGAAGAGAAGCAAAAACAGGUGGAGAUUGAGAGGGUGCAGAAAUGGCUGAAGAUGUUGAAGAACUGGAGCAAGUACAGAAACAGUGACCGGAUGAUUAAAAGGGUGUGUAAAGGCAUUCCACUACAGCUCAGAGGACAGGCCUGGACCCUGCUCUUAGAUGUCGAGAAAGUCAAGAACGACAAUGAAGGAAAGUAUGAGAAAAUGAAGCAGCAAGCCCAGCUGUACUCUCCAGAAAUCAAACAGAUUGACCUUGACAUCAACAGAACCUUUCGAAACCACAUCAUGUUUAUGGAUAGAUUCGGUCUGAAGCAACAGUCUUUGUUCCAUGUGCUCUCUGCAUACUCAGUGUACAACACGGAAGUGAGUUACUGUCAGGGCAUGAGUCAGAUUGCUGCCAUUCUUUUAAUGUUCAUGAACGAGGAGGAUGCAUUCUGGGCUCUGUCACAACUGUUAACCAAUCAGAAACAUGCUAUGCAUGGAUUCUACAUCCCUGGAUUUCCCAAACUUCAGCGGUUUCAGAACCACCACGACCAGAUACUCUCCAAACUUUUACCCAAACUAAAGAAGCAUUUGGAUAAGGAGCAGAUGUUUAGUGGGAUUUAUAGCACUAAAUGGUUUCUCCAGUGUUUCAUUGACAGGACUCCAUUCACUCUGACCUUACGUCUAUGGGACAUCUUCAUUCUAGAGGGUGAAAAAGUUCUGACAGCCAUGGCUUACACCAUCCUUCAACUCCACAAAAACGUCCCUCCAUGCAGCACGAGCUGCGCAGUUUUAAAGUCAGACGUCCGUGUAGUGCGAGAACGUUUGCUUAAGAUGUCUCUGGAGGACCUGAGAGAGUUCCUGCAGGAGGAGAUAGGAGAGUCCAUUUACCUCAAUGAUGACCUUGUCAUAGAGCAUCUUAAGGUCUCCAUGUCUGAACUUCGCAAAAUGAAGUUAGACUUCCCACCACCAGCUAAGCCUGAUGAGUUUCCACGGAAGCCUCUAGGUCUAGAGAUGCCUGUGGUUCUGACUCCAUUAAAACGAUCAAAACCAAGCCCCUCUGAGGAUACACCCAACAAAUCCCAACUCGCCAAACGGCCCCCAACCUCUCUGCACAUCUCUCUUGAGCAGGAGUCCAUAAUACUAGACGACAGCCCUCCACAGGACAAAAAGACCUUUAAAGAUGAAGGAACAGGCAGUAUGUCACCCCUCCCCUCACCUGACCCUGUCCUAGUACAUAGGCCGAUUCCACUCACGCCUGACGGAAUGAUAGGAGCUCCCGAGGACGGUGGGGAAUGGCCGCCUCCAUAUGAACCUCCUAAAAACACUAUCCCAGAGCUCAGUGAUGUGCAACCUGAGCUGUGUGACACAACAUCACCUCCAAAUUUAGAUGAUACAUUGCUAUCCAGAAUGUCACCUGGAGCAGAGCCUUUACAAACAUCUCUGACAUUUGAGCAGGACGGUGUGAAGACAGCAGAGGGCAGUGUUGCGGGUCAUUUACCCUCAAACAAUUUACAAAUUUCCAUGGCUCACGAAUCCCGUCGGCCUUCCAGUAUUUCCAAUAAUGAAAAUCUACACGAGGGACAGGAGAGAGAUAAUGAACAUCAGAAUUUGGACACAUUGUCUGAGAGAUUCUCCAUUUCACACAAGACCUCCCCAACAGCCUUUGAUCAGUCUCAGUUACCUGCCAGAGGCAUCCCCACAGUUCACUCUGACCCGUUGUUGCAAAAUGCUUCCCAUACCUGCCAACAUCUGCCUAAGUCGGAGACCUUUUAGGCUGCCAGCCAUCUUCUGCUCUAGUGCUUCGCUAGUGUUUUGUUAGAAAGCUUAAAGUCUUGCAAGAAAAUUUAAAAAAGUUUCAAAUGUAACAUUCAAGCAGCGUAGGUUUGCUCUAGUAAGUUGCAUUUAGUUUGUACUGCAAAACAAACAUCACAGCUGGAUGAGUUUUAUUUGUGGAGUAAAAGUUGUUCCGCAUGCAGCUCAUACUGCCAGUAUAAGACUUAAUAAGAAAAGUGAGCUGGCUCACUGAAGAAUUAUACAGAAGCGUAUACAGUAGGUUAUGUUAUUAACAUAAUAAACACCUUAUUUACUUGUGUACAGAACAUACAUAAAAGGAUGGUUUGAAUCACAGUCGGCAAUGACACAUUUUCACUGCAGCAAACAUGCUAAAUCAUCCAUUAGCUAAUGUUAUGGCUUGGAGAUAUAACGUGUAUUUAUUUGUUAAAAUAAAAAACAAUCCAUGUUAAUUAGUACAGCAGCUUACCCUUUUCAGUGAAAGGGGAGUUAUAUAUUUGUAUUCUGGUCAUUUUAAUGGCUUAAACAAACAGGCUCAGUCAAUUUAUUCUGAUUGAAAACACCACUAAUGCUAAAUAGUAUAAUGGAAUGUGCAUUACAUGCACCAAAGUAAAGCCUCGAAUUGAUCUGUCACAAUUUCUGAAAGACAGCUCCAGUGUCUUGUAAUUGAACUUAAAUCUGAUGGCAAUAGAAAACAUGGCCUUGAGGAAGACUGAACGGUAUGUUUUCUGGUUAUUGCGAACCACAGCUACAUUUGGUUUUGUACUUGUCUUUCCUUUUUUUGUGAACAUUUUGUACAUUUAGCUUUUUAGAAUAUUGUAUUUUAAUGCUUAUAGGAUUUUAUGUAUUUGUAACAUAAAUGGCUGUAAUAUCUGAUAUUCCCUCUGGUGGUUGCAUCUAUUGUAGGCCUACUUUUCUUCAUGAUUAACUGGUUGCAGGAGGCUGUACCAUGGUGUAGUAAGCUCUUCAGUUUUACCGUUUGGUUUAACCGUUUUAACAGAUUCAUGCUUUGACAUGACAAAUGUCAUUGGUUUAGCCAUCGACAUGUAUAGGUAGAACAGUGCAAAACUAUAGUUGAAAUAUUUACAUUGAAAAUAGCAAUCCAUGGUUUACAAUGAAAAUUGUUUGAUACAAUUAAAGUAUUGAAAAACAAUAGUAUUUUAACCUUCAGUCAUUUAAAAAAAUGUUACUGUAAAACAUUUUUGAGGUAUUUUAAUGGCAUGUGUAUUUUUAAAGUAGUGAAAAUUUGUAGGAAAUCUUCUCAAAUAUGCACUGUAUUGUUACUAGUACCAUUAUACACAAUGGCCUGUGUCAGAUGAUAUUGACUCUGUUAAAUGCUUUUAUUAUCUGUUUUUGAAAUUGAAAAUGUUUUCUGUGCAUUCCUUAUUAAGGAGUUUUGAGAGCUCCAACCAAACGCCUUUGGUUUUAUUUGAGAUGUAAUUUACAAGCUGUAAAUACGUUUACUGUGUAAUUAUAUGUUUGACUUAAAUUUUCAGAAAUUGUCGUUUUGUAAUCUUAAUUUGGCUGUGUACAUUUCUUCAAACGCAAAUUUACAGGAGGACCGCAUAUGUCGAUACUCUGUUUGAACACAAGAGGGUUCUGUAAACAUAUUUUACAAUACUGUACAAUACAUCUUCACAGAUUCUGAUUUCAUGCCAAAUUUGAGUUUGUCUUCAUAUUCACAGCUACAGCAAAAGACCAUUAUAAUAUGUCUCUUGAUGUUUUUUAUAUUGUAAUAGUGAUGCACGUAAAAUGUAUAGAUUAAACAAGACAGUACAGCAACAAGCAGUUUAGAU